UUGCUUUCCUUGGUUUGAUUGCCGUCGCCGCCGUUCCACCAAGUCUGAGCUCGCAAGUGAGAGACCAUGGCGGCGCUCUACCGCCGUCUCCACCUCCUCCGCCGCCUCUCCCAGCCCCACCUCCUCCCUUCCGCCCCCAAGCCGGCCCUCGCCUCCGCCCUCCUCCCUACCUCCCGCCACUUCUCAUUCGCCUCCGCCGAGGACGCCGCCGCCGAGCGCCGCCGCCGGAAGCGCCAGCUCCGCAUCGAGCCGCCGCUCCACGCCCAGCGCCGCGACCCCUCGCACCGCCCGCCCCCGCGCGACCCCAACGCGCCCCGCCUCCCCGACACCGUCUCCUCGCUCGUCGGCCCGCGCCUCAGCCUCCACAACCGCGUGCAGUCCCUCAUCCGCUCCGGCGACCUCGACGGCGCCGCCGCCGAGGCCCGCGCCGCCAUCCCCACCCGCGUCCGCCCCACCGUCUUCACCUGCAACGCAGUCGCCGCCGCCAUGGUCCGCGCCGGCCGCCACGGCGACGCCGUCGCGCUCUUCGACUCCUUCUUCCGCCGCCACGGCGCCAUCGUCCCCAACGUCGUCUCCUACAACACCCUCAUCCUCGCGCACUGCGAGGCCGCCCGCGUCGACCAGGCGCUCCAGGCCUACCGGGAGAUGCUCGGCGGCGGCGCCACCUCCUUCCCCCCGUCCGCCGUCUCCUACCGCCACCUCACCAGGGGGCUCGUCGCCGCCGGCCGCAUCCAGGACGCGCUCGAGCUCCUCCACGCCAUGUUCCACCGCGGCCACGGCGCCGACUCCAUCGUCUACAAGAACCUCAUCGACGGGUACAUCGGCGUCAACAAUUGGGACAAGGCCUUCCAGCUCUUCGACGAGCUCCGGGAGAAGGCCGCCGUCUACGACGGCGUCGUGCACACCAGCUUCAUGGAGGGGUACUGGAAGAGAGGCAUGGACAGGGAGGCCAUGGAGAAUUACAAGUCCCUGCUCGACAGGAACUUCAGGAUGACGCCCGCCACCUGCAACGUGCUGCUCGAGACGCUCUUCGAGCACGGCAAGCGUGCCGAGGCGAACGACCUGUGGGAGACCAUGAUUGACAACCACACCCCGCCGAGCUUCAUCGGCAUGAACAGCGAGUCCUACAACGUCAUGGUCAACCAGUGCUUCAAGGAGGGCAGGUUCCGUGAGGCGGUCGAGGUGUUCCACCGCCAGCCCAGGCGGAACGUUCAGAUGGACGUCGGCUGCUUCAACAACAUCAUCGGGAAGCUCUGUGAGAACGGGAUGGUUGCGGAGGCGGAGAAGCUCUUCCAGGAGAUGGAGAGCAAGUCGGUGCUUCCAGAUGUGUACACCUACACUUACAUGGUCGACUCGUGUUUCAAGGAAGGCCGUGUGGAUGACACGCUGCAGUACUUCUACAAAAUGGCGGAUGGAAGGGAGCAUGGCCCAAAGUUCAAUAUCGGCUUCUUCAAUCGGAUGUUUCAAGGACUAUCAGAAGCUGGGCGGGUCGAUGAUGCUUUAAAGGUCUACGGAAGGAUGCCUGACAAGGAGAUCAAGCCGAACACGACCACAUUUGAAAUCCUGGUUAAGGCAUUGUGCAAGGAAGGGGAAUUGGAUAGAGCACUGGAACUGGUCAGGGAUAUGGCAAGGAGUGGAGUUGUCGCUCCUCCUGAGUUCCAGGAGACUGUCGGUGAGAUUUUCAAGAAUGCCGAUCGGCACGAAGAGAUGGAGAAAGCUUUUGAAGAAAAACCAGCGCCACUGCCUCCUAAGCCAAGACCAGAGGUGCGCCCUCACAGUUCACCCCAGGGGCUAGCAGGAUUUGCAUCUAAUCAGACACGGGGCAGCUACACACCUCACCAAGGCCAAGCAGGCUAUAGUUCUCCUCAACCAUUCCAUCCUCGCAAUGGUGCAUCUCAAGUGCGGCAACCCGAGUGGAUGUCUCCUAACCCUCAGCAGCCUGUGUUUGGAAACCAAGAGGUUAAAAAAGAAGAAGUUGCUGCUUCCAAUAAAUGGCAGCAGGACAUUCCUUCUGAAGAAAAACAACCUGGGAUUGCUCUACCCCAAGAUAAACAGCCAGAAUUUGGUACCUCUCGCCCUUGGCAGCAAGCAGUUAGUGCUGCUCAAGUGCAGCAACCUUAUUUUGGGCCAGCUCCACCGGUGCAGCCUGUAUUUACUACUCAGCCGCAACAACCAACAGAUAUCGCUCGUCAUACUCAACAUCCCGGGUAUGACACAUCUUGUCAGUGGCAGACAGCAUAUGGUACUCAUCAAGGGCAACAGCCAGGCCAUGGCACUCAUCAAGCACAACAGCCAGACCAUGGUGCUCGUCAAGCACAACAACCAGACCAUGGUGCUCAUCAAGCACACCAGCUCGGAUAUGGGGCUCACCAAGCACAGCAGCCUGGUUAUGGCACUCAUCAAGGGCAACAGUCUGGGUAUGGCGCUCAGCUAGGGCAACAGCCUGGGUAUGGCGCUCAGCAAGCGCAACAGCCUGGGUAUGGUGUUCAUCAGCCAUCACGGACAUCAUUUGGUGCUCCUGAAGCACCACAGUCUAGUUUGGGCUCUGCUCAGAAUCUCCCAAGCUAUGGCCAGGUAGGAAAUAAGCAUGAUCAGAUCGGAUCUCCUCAUCAGGGCAGGCCAGCAUUUGGCACUCAGCCACAGCAGGACUUUAGUGCUCAGUCCCCAGACACAAUGGCUGUCAAAUACAGUCAGCGUUACUAGUUUUUCGAAAGCUUUGGGUCCAAGCUUAAUGUACCCCAAGCUAAUUAGCAGGAACUAUCAAAAUCUUGUUGUGAGAAGCUGAUGCACGGAUGGAAUGGUCUGUUAGUGGAUGGAGAACAGCAGGAAGUAGGUGAUUAAGAGGAUCCUGCUCUAUAAUAGGAUUGUAAUAAUUGGGCAUGAUUAUAGUAAGCCAUUGGAGUACUCUUGAAAAAAAUGGGUCUGAUAAUUUUUCAUUCGUGAUGCCCAACAAUUACUGAAUGGUUUAGCAGUAUGAGCAAUUUUGUUUGAACUACCUCAUAUGUAGUAUGAACCAGGUUGAUCAGUAUGGGAUAUUGAUAGUGUUUUAUCACAAAGUUAUCCGCUGCACAAA